ACUGGUGACGUUAUUCACAAUUAGAACCACGACGGAUUGCAUGGUGUGAGUGAAAUUCACUAUUUCACAACUUUUUGGUAUUUAAAGGAAAAAACAAGACUAAAUCACUACAUUGUAAUGGCUGUACGUGCUCAAUUUGAAGGAAAUAAUGAAGUAGGCGUGUUUGCUAAACUGACAAACGCUUACUGUCUGGUUGCGAUCGGGGGAUCCGAAAAUUUUUACAGUGUGUUCGAAGGGGAAUUGUCUGAAGCCAUUCCCGUGGUUCACUGUAGCUUAGCAGGAUGCAGAAUCAUAGGUCGCAUGUGUGUGGGAAACAAAAAUGGAUUAUUGGUACCAAGCUCAACAACAGAUCAGGAAUUACAGCAUAUUCGCAACUCUCUUCCUGACAGUGUCAAAAUCCAGCGGGUUGAGGAGAGGUUGUCUGCCCUUGGAAAUGUGAUCACAUGCAAUGAUUAUGUGGCCCUAGUUCAUCCAGAUCUGGACAGAGAGACGGAGGAGAUUGUGACAGAUGUCCUGGGGGUUGAGGUGUUUAGACAGACGGUGGCCGACAAUGUGUUAGUGGGAACCUACAGCACCAUCAGCAACCAGGGAGGACUGGUUCACCCAAAAACAUCAAUAGAAGACCUAGAAGAGUUAUCCUCCCUUCUACAGGUGCCCCUUGUGGCAGGUACAGUGAAUAGAGGAAGUGAUGUAAUAGGAGCGGGGAUGACGGUCAACGACUGGAUCGCCUUCUGUGGCCUGGAUACCACCAGUACGGAGCUGUCCGUCAUAGAGAGCGUGUUCAAGCUCGGGGACAGGACGCCUAGUGCCAUCUCCACAGAAAUGCGCGAAAGUCUCAUCGAAAGUAUUGCCUAGGAGCAGUAUGGAUUCGUCAAGAGACAUUUAUCGUAGAUCAUAUUUCUGUGCCAGUUAUAUCUGUGAACCACCUUCUGUACGGAGAAGAAAGUGAGGUGUUGGACUGACUGACCAGUUCAGACUUGUAUACAUAUAAACAGAUCUGAGUGACUGUUCUCAUCUUACAUCAGUCAUCCUAUGUCUCAAAGGUUGUCAACCACAACAAUUAUAUUUUGUAAAUCAAAGAUUGUUCCAACAUCAUUAAAUGUACCUGUAUUUUCUUCAAUGAAAUGAUAUAUUAAAUGAAGAUUGUUUAAACAUCAUUUAUAGUUGUCAGGUACAUGUUUGUAAAAUGUAUUUUCUUCAAAGAAAUGGUUUAUUAAAUGAAUAUUAAAUUUUGUA